AGGAUGGAGGCCUCGUGUCUGGAGUUGGCCCUGGAGGGAGAGCGGCUGUGUAAGGCGGGGGACUUUAAAGGGGGGACAGCGUUUUUCGAGGCGGCUGUGCAGGUGGGAACAGAAGACCUGAAGACCCUCAGUGCCAUCUACAGCCAGCUGGGCAACGCCUACUUCUACCUGAAGGAAUAUGGCAAGGCCCUGGAGUACCACAGACACGACCUCACUCUGGCCAGGUGAGGUCAUGGAAUUCCAGGCAACAUCAUGUCUGAUUAUGGAUUCAAAUUGUAGUGAAAGGAUUUCAACCUAUGGUAUUAAUAUGUUUAAAAUAUCAAUUUUAUAGACUGCAAUGCAUGUAUAUGUCAUUUAGACUGAAGUCAUUCAUAAAGCAUAAGAGAGUAUGUAAACAGUUAUCCUUAGCUAUGGGUUGCAUACUAUACAGAGUAGGGCUGGGAAUCGUGGGACCUCACGAUACAAUAUUAUCACAAUACUUUGCUGCUGAUACGAUAUGUAUUGCGAUUCUCACAAUUCUAUAUGUAUUGUGAUUAGAUAAUUAGAUUUUAUUGCGAUUCAAUGUUCCAAACAUAUUGCUCACCAUAUGUCUGCUGCAGAGGGACGAGAGAGCCAUGAGAAAACAACACGUUAUGAUCAAUCAUGGAAAUAAAAGUUCUGAAAACAAAUUGGCUCCCUAUUUAAAAAGAAGAUGGAGAUCAAGCUAUGAUGGAAAAAUGCUGGCGUUUUGGUGCAGGUACAGCCAACUAGUGCAACAAUAAUAUUGCGAUAUUGUCAAAACAAUACGACGAUAUAUCGUCAAAAAUAAUAUCCUGAUAAUAAACUGUAUCGAUACCCCCCAUCACUAAUAUGAAGUGUAUGCCUGUUGCCCUCCUAGAAGAAAGAGGCAGGUUUUGAUAGUGUUCAUUUUGAUGAGAGACCCCCUUGGUAUUUAGCUCAGAUGACUAAGCCUGUCUCCUGUGGAGAGGGGUGCAGUUGGUAGCCUGGCAGGGUGGCGAGUACAAACCCAGGGGGCUGUUGCUUUGUUACAUUACAAUAACAGCAGGACAACUGGAACCCUGUCCUAAGAAGGUAGGACCACUUAAACAGUUAGGUAAUCAAAUCAAUAAAGCUCUAAGUCUAAGCAGUAGCAUGUGUGUUAUUGUGUUGACAAUGAGCAAUGGAUUUGGCAAGACGUCACAAACAGAUCUGGGACUCAGGCUAUGUACGCAUUGAUUAUGACUUCAAAACCAUGACUAAUAAUGAGAUACGGUCUCUAUUUACAGGACAAUAGGGGAUAGGAUAGGGGAGGGGAAAGCCAGCGGUAACCUUGGAAACACAAUGAAGGUUUUGGGGCGCUUCGACGAGGCAGCGGUGUGCUGUCAGAGACACCUGGACAUCUCUCAAGAGCAGGGGGACAAGGUAGCAUACACAGACACAGACACUCCAACCCACACCAGUAUCACAUUGGAUUGGAGGAUUGCAUCUGUUUAUAAGAUGCAAUCCUGAUAUCAGAUUUUGAGGAACGGCGUAUUGUAUAGAAAAUACAUUUGAGUGUGGUCCAUGCUAUUUCAGUUGAAAAAUUCCCUAAUGUCUUCCAAUGUCUCUAUUUGUCUUCUAAAGUCGCUCAUUUCUUUCUCCCUUUUCCCUUUGCGUCUGACCAGGUAGGAGAGGCCAGGGCUCUGUAUAAUAUAGGGAAUGUGUUCCAUGCCAAGGGAAAGCAGCAGCUAUGGGGCUGUACCCAGGACCCUGGGGACCUCCCACCAGACGUCAGAGAUACACUGCAAAGGGCUACUGGCUUCUAUGAGUGAGUGUUAGGCUGUAUACACACGCUUAUACAUGUGCACACGAACACCUACGCACUCAACACGCUAGAACACAAGCAGGCACGCACCCGUGCAUGCACACAGCAUAGACACCAUACAUAUGAUUGAAAUAUCCCACUGGGCUAUUAGCUCCUUCAAAAUAUCUCUCUGCAGGCAAUUAACACUACUUGCAGCGAUGAGACAAGACUGUAACUACCAAUUGGGGAGAAAAAGGGGUAAAAAGUACAACAACAAAAAAAGGCUAAACUGUAGUACACAAUCCCCUGUGGACAUACUAAAAGGCUUGCUCAGGCCCUCUGUUUCGUAUGACAACACACUGACAGGCCAGUUGCCUACGUCAAAGCUUUCAUAAGUACUGUACUGUUUAUGUUGUGCAACCAGGAGGUACAAAGUUUAUAAUGUUUUGUUCAAGACAACAAAAAUUUGACUUUGUAUAAUUUGUGUAAAACACAAUUGGUACACAUCUUUAACUCAAGUCCUCCUCUCUCCUACAGGACGAAUCUGUGUCUGGUCAAAGAGCUGGGCGACCGAGCUGCUCAGGGGAGGGCCUUUGGUAACCUAGGCAACACCCACUACCUGCUGGGAAAUUUUGUGGAGGCCAUCAAGUUCCACAGACAGGUGAGAUACAUGUACAUAUCCCUGGGACAGUAGUCAACACCAUCAUGUGUACUAGUAAAGAGAUACGCACACAAUAGUGUGACGUACUGUAACAUAAUUAAUGGUAAGAAAAGGUAUUUUCACACUCAACCAUUUCGUCCCUGAAUGAAAACACAAAAUCAACUUGCCUGUUUGAAUGAGCUGUUUUGCAUUCAGGCCAAACAGUAAUUUACCCAUCCAUCAAUAGGGUAAAGACUGGUCAAGGUGAGCAAUAUACACAUACAUUUCCAAGAAAAUAUAUAAACUUUAUUUUGUUCAGAGACUCUCCAUCGCCAAGGAGUUCGGUGACAAAGCAGCUGAACGUAGAGCCUAUAGUAACCUAGGCAACGCUCUGAUUUUCCUGGGACAGUUCAACACUGCCACGGAGUACUACAGGUAAACAGACUACACGCUGACACCUAGUGGACACGAUGUGUAUCAACCAAUGGAGCUCAGAGCUACGCCAUAUCAUAGACUUGAUUACCUGCAUGGAUUCAAAUCUAUUAAUGUUUUAAGAUCAAUAUAAUGUAUGAGAUUAAUUUAUAAUAAGAAUGUUUCAUUUAAAAUAAAUAAUUCGAAUUUUGUGUGGAACAAACACAUUUUUAACUAUAAAUACCUCUCUCUCCUCUUACUCCAUUCAUCACCCUCUGUCUUUACCUCUUUCCCUCUGUAUACAUCUCAUUCCUUCUUCCUCUCUCUCUCCAUAUCCCUGUAUUCCUCUUCCAUCCAGGAAAACUCUGCAGCUGUCUCGUCAGUUGAAGGACCAGGUGAUGGAGGCCCAGGCUUGUUACAGCCUGGGGAACACCUACACUUUGCUGCAGCAGUACGAGAGAGCCAUAGACUACCACCUCAAACACCUCCUCAUAGCCCAGGAGCUCACUGACAGGUAUGCACACUUAAUGGUCAGACACACCGAGAAAUCUGACUGCCGAUAGGUAGUUAGCACAGUAGGAGGCCGUUCCUUCUCUUGCUAGAACAAAAUACAUACCUGCUGUGUAUCGACCUUGUACCAACGAACUACUAGUAGAAUCGCACUUCUCGUCAAAGGACAACAACUUGACUUUGAUCCGAUCAAAGUGCACAAACCUCCACGUGGGGGAGCUGACAGGAAUGACAAGGAAAAUAAAAAAAUAGGGCACUUUCCCAGUGUAAUCCCCCUUUUCAUUAGAAUUGUGACUAAAACAAUAAAGCUGCAUAAUACAUAUUUUUUUAGCUAAGGAGUUUUGUGCUUGGGGAUUUUUUGUUAGGUUUGAUAAUGUGCAUUUGCUUGUUAGUUGGCUAGAUAGCUAACUUUAGCUUGCUAACUAACUUAGCCAGGCAGUCACACACACAAUUUAAUAUGAAAUGAAUGGGGUGGUAAGUCAAAUCAAAUUGUCACAUGCUUCAUAGACAACCGGUGUAUACUAACAGUGAAAUUAUUACUUAAGGGUCUUUUUCCAACAAUGCAGAGUUAAAGAUAAGAUAAACAAUAUAAAGAGUGACACGAGCAAUAAAUACACAGUGAAUAACAAGUAAAAAUAACAUGGCUAUAUAUAGGGAGUAGAAAAUAACAUGGCUAUAUACAGUGGGGGAAAAAAGUAUUUAGUCAGCCACCAAUUGUGCAAGUUCUACCACUUAAAAAGAUGAGAGAGGCCUGUAAUUUUCAUCAUAGGUACACGUCAACUAUGACAGACAAAUUGAGGGGAAAAAAUCCAGAAAAUCACAUUGUAGGAUUUUUAAUGAAUUUAUUUGCAAAUUAUGGUGGAAAAUAAGUAUUUGGUCAAUAACAAAAGUUUCUCAAUACUUUGUUAUAUACCCUUUGUUGGCAAUGACACAGGUCAAACGUUUUCUGUAAGUCUUCACACACUGUUGCUGGUAUUUUGGCCCAUUCCUCCAUGCAGAUCUCCUCUAGAGCAGUGAUGUUUUGGGGCUGUCGCUGGGCAACACGGACUUUCAACUCCCUCCAAAGAUUUUCUAUGGGGUUGAGAUCUGGAGACUGGCUAGGCCACUCCAGGACCUUGAAAUGCUUCUUACGAAGCCACUCCUUCGUUGCCCGGGCGGUGUGUUUGGGAUCAUUGUCAUGCUGAAAGACCCAGCCACGUUUCAUCUUCAAUGCCCUUGCUGAUGGAAGGAGGUUUUCACUCAAAAUCUCACGAUACAUGGCCCCAUUCAUUCUUUCCUUUGUUACUUUGGUCCCCCGCUCUCUGCAGGUCAUUCACUAGGUCCCCCCGUGUGGUUCUGGGAUUUUUUCUCACCGUUCUUGUGAUCAUUUUGACCCCACGGGGUGAGAUCUUGCGUGGAGCCCCAGAUCGAGGGAGAUUAUCAGUGGUCUUGUAUGUCUUUCAUUUCCUAAUAAUUGCUCCCACAGUUGAUUUCUUCAAACCAAGCUGCUUACCUAUUGCAGAUUCAGUCUUCCCAGCCUGGUGCAGGUCUACAAUUUUGUUUCUGGUGUCCUUUGACAGCUCUUUGGUCUUGGCCAUAGUGGAGUUUGGAGUGUGACUGUUUGAGGUUGUGGACAGGUGUCUUUUAUACUGAUAACAAGUUCAAACAGGUGCCAUUAAUACAGAUAACGAAUGGAGGACAGAGGAGCCUCUUAAAGAAGAAGUUACAGGUCUGUGAGAGCCAGAAAUCUUGCUUGUUUGUAGGUGACCAAAUACUUAUUUUCCACCAUAAUUUGCAAAUAAAUUCAUUAAUAAUCCUACAAUGUGAUUUUCUGGAUUUUUUUUCCUCAAUUUGUCUGUCAUAGUUGACGUGUACCUAUGAUGAAAAUUACAGGCCUCUCAUCUUUUUAAGUGGGAGAAUUUGCACAAUUGGUGGCUGACUAAAUACUUUUUUCCCCCACUGUAUAGGGAGUAGAAAAUAACAUGGCUAUAUACCAGGGGUACGAGGUAAUUGAGGUAGCUACUGUAUGUACUGUACAUUUACAGUGCCUUCAGAAAGUAUUCAUACCCCUUGACUUAUUCCACAUUUUGUUCAGCCUGAAUUCAAAAUGGAUUAAGUAGACUUAAUAAUGACACAUAAUAAACACUUUAAAAAGACCCCAUAAUGACACAUUUUUGCAAAUUUAUAGAAAAUGAAAUAUAGAAAUCUCUAAUUUACAUAAGUAUUCACACCCCUGAGUCAAUACUUGUAGAAGCACUUUUGGCGGCGAUAACAGCUUUGAGUCGUCUUGGGUAUGUCUGUAUCAGCUUUGCACAUCUGGAUUUGGGGAUUUCUUCCCAUUCUUCCUUGCAGAAUUUCUCAAGCUCUGUUAAGUUAGAUGGGGAGCGGCGGUGAACAGCAAUCUUCAAGUAAGUCUCUCCACAGAUUUCCAAUGGGAUUCAAGUCUGGGCUUUGGCUGGGCCACUCAAGAGGCUCUAUUUUUGGCUGGCGUUAAAUCGGCCCUAGUGUGAAAUGCACGUUAGUUUGCGAAAAAAAAUUCAGCCCUAACGCCAGGUUCGGCAAUUUAUCUGUCUUAUAUCAGCUCGCUUGCGCUCAGAUGGGCGGGGUGGAAAUAUUUGAGGUGUGUCCUUAAAAACAUGAUCCAAAGUGCUAAUUUCAGGCAGCGCUGAUAGAGAUAUUUAAGACCAACCAAAAGCUGGUUUUAGUAGUUGGUUAUGGCAUGAAAUUUGACCGCGGAAACGCAGCAUAUCCAGCCGUGACGCACACUGCCCAUAUGCGCAUGGAACAAGAGUAGCCUAAUGUACUUUUGGUGCCUGUAUACUUCGUAUUUAGAAACAUAAAAAAUCUAAUGUCUUUUCCCAUUUAGUUUUAUUUGAUUAAAAACCAAUCAUAGCCUCCCUCCUCUAAAUGAAGUCUUUUAUUUUUUUUGUCUGCCCAAUACCAUCGCGAAGUAGUCAAGACUGUCGAUAAAGGGUUUGGCUCCUGAGAAUGCUUGAAAAUAAAUCUUAAUCACCAAAGCUUACUAAAAUAUCAAGUUUGAGAGGAGUAAAACAGUGAGCUGACAUUCACCUUUAUCUAUGCAUUGUAGGCAGGCCCACAUUAUUUUUGCCAUGCAGGUCCCGUUUUGGAUGUGCAUAAAAUCCUCCAUAGUCUGUGUUGUUUUAUUAUUAUCUGUCCACGGGGAGAAAUGAUGGUGCCUGUAAGUGACAUAGGAUAUUUAAAACAGGUUGUUGUUUUGUUUAGAAUUUGAUUAGAAUUAUUCAUUAUCUUUUUAGGCCUCAUCAAUAAUUAAUUUAAUCUUGCUUGUUGCUUAUUGUUUGGCAUGUCCAUGCUCAGCCAUAACGCAAUUUAGAGUAGGCCUAGCCCCUAUAUCAGUGUGAAUGCUAUUGAAGUCAUGCAAUUACUUAGAACAAUGUGGACUGCAAAUAGGUUCAAGUUAACCUAUUUAGCAAAGGGAUAGGUCUACAUUUUGCUAUUUCGUUUUCUGUAAGCCAUUUAAACUAUAACGGACUAACAUUGGAAUUACAGUUGAUUCCAAGGCAAUACAUAAAAGACCGUAAAUACACAACCUGAAGCAACCACAUAUUUCGCCAUGGAGCACGUUCUGAUUGGCCAGUGAGGGGCCAAGCCUCGACACACCCACAACUUGUUUAUUCAUCACAACCCAGCCCUUUCGUGCCAACACCAGCAAGUGCGCCGAUAAUUGAUAGUAAAAAUAGCAAAAAUAUUUGACACACCCCCGAACCUAUAGCGUUACCGCCUGCGCUUAGAUUUACCAUUGCAUUAGGUUUGUUAAAAUAGAGCCCAAGGACUUUCACAUUCUUGUUCUGAAGCCAUUCCAGUGUUGCUUUGGCUGUAUGCUUGGGGUCAUUGUCCUGUUGGAACUUAAAUCUUGGCCCCACAGUCUAAGAUCGUUUGCACUCUGAAGCAGGUUCUCAUCAAGGAUUUUCCUGUAUUUGGCUCCAUUAAUUGUUCCGUCUAUCCUUACCAGUCUCCUAGUCCCUGCCGCUGAAAAGCAUCUCUAUAGCAUGAUGCUGCCACCACCAAGCUUCACGGUAUGGAUGAUGUUAGACAGGUGAUGAGUUGGGCCUGGUUUUCUUCAGACAUAGCGCUUUGCGUUCAGGCCAAACAGUAAAAUGUUUGUCUCAUCAGACCACAGAAUCUUUUUCCUUAUGCUCAGUCUUUCACAUGCCUUUUUGCAAACUCCAGGCGUGCUGUCAUGUGUGUUUUUCUCAGGAGUGGUUUCUGUCUGGCCACUCUCCCAUAAAGCCCAGAUUGCUGAAGUGCUGUAGAGACUGUCCUUCUGGCAGGUUCUCCCAUCUCAGCCAAGGAACUCUGUAGUUCUGUCAGAGUGGUCAUUGGGUUCUUGGUCACCUCCCUGACCAAGGUCAUUCUUGCCUGGUUGCUCAGUUUGGCCGGACGACCAGCUCUAGGCAGAGUCUGGGUAGUUCUAUAUUUUUUCCAUUUCCCAAUGACGGAGACCAUUGUGCUCUUGGAAAUGUUCAACACUCUAGAAAUCGUUUUAUACCUUUCCCCAGAUAUAUGCCUCAUCACAAUUAUAUCUCGGAGAUCUACGGACAGUUCCUUGGACUUCAUGAUGUAGUUUCUGCUCUGACAUGCACUGUCAACUGUGGGAUUUUAUAUAGAGAAGUGUUUCUCUUUCUAAAUCAUGUCCGAAUUGGCCACAGUGGACUCCAAUCAAGUUGUAGUGACAUCUCAAUGAUGAUCAAAGGAAAUUGGAUGCACCUGAGCUCAAUUUGGAGUGUCAUAGCAAAGUAAUACAUGUAAAUUAGAUAUUUCUGUAUUUCAUUUUCAAUACAUUUUCAAAAAUGUAUAAAAAAAUGUUUUUAAUUUGUCAUUAUGUGUGUGGUUGGGUGAGAAUAAAAAUCUAUUUAAUAAAUUUUGAAUUUAGGCUGUAACACAACAAAAUAUGGAAUAAGUCAAGUGGUAUGAAUACUUUCUGAAGGCACUGUAGGUAGGGGUAAAGUGACUAGGCAACAGGAUAGAUAAGACAGUAGCAGCAGCAUAUGUGGUGAGUGUGAAAGUGUGUGUGUGUGUGGCGUCAGUAUGCAUGUGUGUGCAUGUUAUGUAGUGUGUGUGUCUGUGUCUGUGUGUUGGGGUGUCAGUGUGAGUGUGUGGGUAGAGUCCAGUGUGUGUGCAAGAGAGUUAGUGCAGCACAAUUGACACAACACUAAAUAAUUUACCAAGCUAGCUAUCUAGCAAGAUGAUGAAGAAAAUAAUUCACUCUCCCAUACUGCCAGUACCAGCUCGCUUGCUAGCUAACAUUAGCUAAACGGUUAGCACAACAUAGCUAGCAAGCUACUCCACUGAUUCUCAGCAGCUAAUAGGCAGCUGCUUCAUUCAAAAAUAAGUCCUUUGUAGAUCAGUUGGUAGAGCAUGGUGCUUCUAAUACCAGGGUAGUGAUUACAACCUCUCAGAUUACAACCUCUCACUUUCAGUUAUUUGAAAAGGAAAUAAUCUCCCAAAUGUCACUAUUUCUAAAACAAGCCAUAGAAAGUUGGUUGCAAUUUCAAUUUAAUCCUCCAGAAACGACAGAACAAAUAAUGCAACAAAUAUUGUGGUUAAAUUCAAAUAUACUAAUUGACAAAAAACCUUUAUUUUUUGACAGAAUGUUUAAAAAAGGUAUAAUCUUCGUAAAUGAUAUCAUCGGUAGGACUGGUGGAGUUAUGUCGCACAUGCAGCUAACAAAAACAUAUGGAAAUGUCUGCUCUACCCAGAAUUACAACCAAAUAAUUGCAGUCUUACCGCAAAAGUGGAAGAGGAAAGUUGAAGGGGGAGAAAGUAAGGAACUUGUCUGUCGGCCUUGCAUUAAAGAACAUAAUUGGUUAAGGAAAACUGUGAUAAAUAAAAAAGUAUAUCAGUUUCACUUAAGGACCAAAGGAUUGACAGCCGUCCCAUAUAGAUUGCAAAAUAGUUGGGAAGAGAUCUUUGACGUACCGAUCCCAUGGCAUAGUGUUUAUGAACUGACACGCAAAACGACACCGGAUUCAAAAAUUAGAAUCUUUCAAUUUAAAUUAUUAUAUAAAAUUCUUGCUACCAAUAGAAUGUUAUUUAUAUGGGGGAUACAAUCUUCCCAGCUCUGCAGAUUUUGCUGUGAAGAGAUAGAAUCAUUAGAUCAUUUGUUUUGGUUCUGUCCAUUUGUAGCUUGUUUUUGGACACAGGUCCAGGAAUGGCUAAAGGAUUGCAAUAUUUACCUGGAACUAACCUUGCAGAUAGCAUUACUGGGUGAUCUGAAAAGUCAUAGUCAAUCAAUCAAUAAUAUAAUAAUACUUUUAGCAAAAAUGUUUAUUUUUAAUUCACAAUCUGUAGAAGCAAUGAGAAUAGAAAGGUUCAGAACUUUUGUAAAACAUCACAGUACGGUUGAAAUAUAUAUGGCAAAUAGAAAUCCUAUAUGGAUGGUGUUAAGAGAUAGAUGGGAGGUAUUGAAUAGAGUUGAAGGAUGGGACUAAUAACAAAUAACAACAAAUAAUAACAAAGAUAGCUAAUAAUGUAAGCAUACUGUGUCCAUAAUAAGUAUAUAGGUUGUAUGUUGGGAGCUUUUGGGAAAGAGCACAGUUAGAAAGAUAUGGCAUUUAGAAGCAAACCGGAUGGACAUCAUGAAAAUGAUCGGAGAGGUUGAGAGUAGAAGAAGUUCAGGAGCAAAAAAAUAAAUAAAUAUAUAUAUAGUGUUAAUUUUACAAUAAUUCUAUAUCUAUAUAUAUAUAUAGAUAUAGAAUUAUUGUAAAAUUAACUCUGUCCAUAAGGUGUAGAUAGUAAGUAUAGACCGGAAGUAGAGGCCUGGGCGUUGUUGUUCACUAAUUUACUCCAAGUAGGGAAAGGAUGGUGGGGUUGAAAAGUAAUAAAGGGGAAUAUAUAUAUAAAAAAUAAAACAUGGGGGAUUGGAAGUGAUGCAGACAAUUACAUUGAUAGAAGAUACAAUCUAUCUGCAAUAUUAAGCUGAUCCAUCCCCCCAGAAAAAAAAUAAUAAUAACAAAAAAAAAAAAAAUACCAGGGUAGUGGGUUCGAUUCCCGGGACUACCCAUAUGUAAAAUGUAUGCACGAAUGUAAGUCACUUUGGAAAAAAGCGUUUGCUAUAUGGCAUAUGUUAUUAUAUUAAAUCCAUUGUGAUGUAAUUAUAAUGUUGCUAGAUAUCUAGUUGUGGCCAUCUGGCUAGUAUCGGCAAGGGCUUAUUAGAAAUUCUAGCUAGCGCGCAACAACAUUAGCGCAGCUUACUAGUUCUGAUCUACAGCAGGCACAAGCCAAACAUACAGUAGUUAGAAGCUCUGCCACCUGGUGGUCGAGUAAUUUUAACGAGGCUGAUCGGUGGGGAAUCUGUGCUAUGUGAACAACAAAAGGUUGACUGCCGACACUCUGGGCAGAGGUGUACCUCUCAGCAGUCAGUAUCCUUGGUGAGUCCGAGCCUUUACGCACACACACCUUAACCUUUACUUAACAUGGUAUCAUUCCAUCUGCAGUGGAGCAGUGGGUUAAGGCACGCAUCGCAGUGCUAACUGUGCCAUGAGACUGUUCGCAUCCGGGCUCUGUCAGCCGCGGCCGCGACCGGGAGAUCAUGGGCGGCGCACAAUUGGGCCCAGCGUUCGUACAGGGGUCGGGGAGGGAAUGGCGGCAGGAGUAGCUCAGUGAUAGAGCAUGGAGUUUGCAAAGCCAGGUUGUGGGUGUGAUUAAAUGUAAGUCGCUUGGAUAAGAGAGUCUGCCUAAUGACUAAAAGGUAAAUAGUAAAAUGAAAUUCUGGUGUUUGAUUUUGUUCCUCUCUAAGCUGUGUAUGUGUUGAUAGGGUGAGAGGGCGUGAUGCUGGGUCUGGGAAAUGUUUGGUACUUUACGGAACCAUCGCCAGGCCCUGCACUACGCCCGCAAAUACCUACACAUCUCCAGAGAGGUAACCAGUGACCACUGCAGCUACACUACUUUUUAAAGGAGUUAUAUUACUGUGAAGACAGAAAAUGAUUGAACAGUGAAAUCCCAUUCACCUGUAGUCAAUAAGGUGUGUCUCUCUCUCACUCUCUUACUCUCUCUUACUCUCAGAUUGGGGACAGGAAUGGCGAGUUGACUGCCAGGAUGAAUGUGGAGCAGCUGAUGGAGGCGCUGGGGGUCAACGAGAGUGACCUUUCAUCCUGUGGAUCAGAGUUCGAGGUGCAAGGUAAGAGGGAGAUUUCUUUCUAUGGUUCUUCCUUGAACUUGUAUUUUCAGUGUGAGAGGGAGACUUACAGUAUAGAAAUGAUGACCAUGUGCCAGAGUCUGGUGUAACGGUCAAAGCGCCAAACUACGGACCACACAAGGCCUCUGGUGACCAUGCUGUCUGUGCCCCUCUCUGCCACAGGAUUCUGGUGAAAUACAUAAAUGAUGACCACUGGAGUUGUUUUUGGAAAAGGAUAAAGUUUCCCAUGUAGACACUGGUUUGAGUCUAGAUGUGUUUGUCCUCUUGAUGGUUCAGUGUGGGAUUUGAGGAGGGUAAGAUGAUUCUAGAUAAUUCUACCUGGAGCGCCAAAAUCAUAACAUGCUGAACUAACAGUCCAAAUUAUUUAAUCUACUUUUGGUUGUUUAUAAAGAGUAGAUUUUCAAUUUGACCCAUGUCUGCACUUUUUUAAACAUGAGUUAAUCCCUAUGUGGAUAAGAAGUACAUAUAAAAACAGAAGGUGAUGGAUAUAUUUCUUUUGAUACCCAACCCAGCCAUACUUUCUCAGGGUGAUAGCAAUGACAGUAAUAAUAAAUAUGAAAAGUCCUGUACAGUAAGUCUUGUCUCUGACCAGCCUUAGUCCACAUGCACUGGCACUGCCCAGCUCUCUCUCUCUCUCUCCUUACCACACCCCACGCACAACCCUGAGCACACACUCUCUCUCACACACGCUCAGAAGGAGAACUCUGAGUUGAGAGAGAGAGGCAGGAGCUGUGAUGGGUUCCCCCAGGAUACUUACUGGACACCACAAAUGGAAUACAACUAUAGACUAAUAGCAAUUAUAGCAACAUUUGAUUUAAAUGUAACAAUAACUGUACCAUAGCUCUCCGAGUCCGGAGUAUGAGGUAAGCAAGGUCAAGGCUUGAUUAUAGCCUUUUAAUUCUUUCAAUAUACUGUACAUGGUAUUGGAAGCAUUCCCUUCUAUUUGCCAUGAAUCUGUAAAGAAUACUCAAGGGGUUUGUGUGCAUACUUUAAAAGCACUCUGUGAAAUGCUAUAGCUCAUUUUCCAUUCAAUCGGUCGAGGGAGAUGUAUGUACAGUAAAUGUUAGAGGUGGAGAGAUUUUUGCAAAGCUCAGAAUAAGCUUUAGAGGAUGCAUACAUUUGUCCUUGUGCAAAUAUCUCCAAGCCCCAGGCAUAGAUGAUGUAGCACUGUGCUUCUGUCAACAGAAUCCUCCUCUGCUGAUCAUUCAUCUCUAGGGCCAUAGUCUUAGUGAAUACAUAAUGUAUGACCCUCUAAAAAAACUUCUGUACAAGUAUAGAGUCUUCUAUAGAAUCAUCAUUUCAACUCUAUCGUUCUGAGAUUGGAUUCAGUCAAUCACGGAUAAGACGAUGGAGAUGUGUACUUUGUAAAGGAAAAUGUAUUCUUAAUGUUUCUCCGAGACAGACAUGCACUUCAUCUGUCAAUGUGUGUUAAUUAUUCAUGUACAGUUGUACAAAUUACAUACUCUACAAUUUUACAUGCACAGUGCUGAGUUGAGAGGAACUCCAUGUAUUGUCUUUAUCUUAACCCUUUAAGUCAUUGUGACAGCUUGUAAACUAAUAUCCAGGCAAUAUACUCUGUCUUCCUACAACAAUGUUCUAAGGCUAUGACAGGAGAAAGCUAAAGGGGCCAUGUGAGACAUAGUCUGAUGAAGAUAGACUGUCGACAGGUCAAUCGACAGGUCAAUGUUUGAGGUCACUUGAGAUCAUCCUGGGCCAUUGCAUCUUCCAUUGCGUCCAGGUCUGGGAGGAAAGGGUGAGUCAGGUGGACACAGCCCUUUUCUGUGUAUGGAGAGGACAUGUUGGAUGUUUAUUUGAAACAGGGAGCGUCUGUUUGGAGCAGCAGGCCCACGCUGUAUAGACUGUGGUUAGGUGGGACCUGAUGCUGGGCGGCCCUGGCAUUGCCACCUCACAGAAUAGAAAUACAACAAGUAGAACAUACAUUCCGGCUGGUGAUUUAUUGGUGUUUAGUUUUCUCUAUGCAGGAAUGUAGCGUUCUGCCUUAUUGGUUAGGUAAUGUAUGAUAAAAUAUGUCCUGUCUAUUCCUUUUAUGUCUAUGUCUGAGACAUAGCUCUUCAGUGUGUCAGUACAUUGGGACACGUGUGAGCCAAAGGGAACAAGUGUAGAUAGAUUUGGGGUGGCCAAAUCCAGCAUGAAACCAACAUACCUUUGUAGAUAAAUACAUUUUUCCCUCUAAACAAAUACACAAAUGGGUUCUCUGACGCACAUAACAUAAACACACUGUAAAUAAAGAGGCGUUUGUAUCGCACUUUGAAUAAAUAGGCCCCAGACACAUGGUUCAAAUCCAUUGGUCAAAUAAUGAUAACAUAACUUUCUAACUGUAAUUGUUAAUUCAUUCCAAUAAUGCUAGAGCUAACGAUACAACCAAAUACAUACAUAGUGUUUUCAUUUUCUACUUUUCAAGUGUCAUACGACUGACAGAUGCAUAUGUAGGAUCUUAAUUUGACCAGUAUUGUCGUAGCAAAAGAAUACUGCAGCAACAGGAAUUGAACGUUUAGUCCAUAAUGUUGCUUGAUCGGUGGUUAGGCUAUUAGCUGAAACAAAAGUAGGCUGCAUGAAAAGUGCAAUACUGUUCAUAUAACCAUGUGUCAGUGCGGGUUUUCAGUGAAUUUAUGUAAAUUACGAAGCUCAUCUGCAUUUCCUGCAGCGCUGGAAAAUUCUCUGCAACAAGAUCUACACAGAUGGUAGAAGUGUGAGAAGUGGACUGCAGAAAUGGACGUGCAGUCCCAUCCCUCACAUAGGGCUGUUCUGGGUCUCUGUGAAGGUCCUCCAGCUCACACCCUGGCCCAACAUUCCCUAUGGGCGCAUGGCUCGUAAAGGGCCCCUUAUUCAUAGUCUGUUUGCCUGGCUGUCUGACUGAACCUCGUCCUCACUGCACAUCACAAGACCACAGCACACACAUGGAAAACCAUGCAUGCUGCAUUGAGCUCCCAUAUAGCGCUAAAUAGAGUUCAUGGGAAUCAACUGUUUGAGCUGUAUGUGGAAAAACUGUCCGUUUUCUGUUUACGGUUGAGCAAUGUCGUUUUUGAAUGGUCACGUACAGAACCCUCUGUAAUACAUUAAUGCUAGAGACAUUAGUAAAACACCCUCUAAGGGGUUUGUAAACUGUUUAUAAACUGUUGAUACUGAACAAAAAUAUAAACGCAACAUGCAACACUUUCAAAGAUUUUACUGAGUUACAGUUCAUAUAAGGAAAUCAGUCAAUAUAAAUAAAUGCAUUAGGCCCUAAUCUAUGUAUUUCACAUGACUGGGCAGGGGCGCAGCCAUGGAUGGGCCUGGGAGGGCAUAGGCCCACCCACUUGGGAGCCAGGCCCAGCCAAUCAGAAUGAGUUUUUCCCCACAAAAGGGCUUUAUUACAGACAGUAAAUACUCCCCAGCAGCCCCCCUGGGAGGUCCUGGGCUGGCGUGGUUACACAUGGUCUGCAGUUGUGAGGCCGGUUGGACGUACUGCCAAAUUCUCUAAAACGACAUUGGAGGCGACUUAUGGUAGAGAAAUGAACAUUCAAUUCUCUGGCAACAGCUCUGGUGGACAUUCCUGCAGUCAGCAUGCCAAUUGCAUGCUCCCUCAAAACUUGAGACAUCUUUGGCAUUGUGUUGUGUGACAAAACUGCACAUUUUAGAAUGGCGUUUUAUUGUCCUCAGCACAAGGUGCACCUGUGUAAUGAUCAUGCUGUUUAAUCAGCUUCUUGAUAUGCCACACCUAUCAGGUGGAUGGAUUAUCUUGGCAAAGGAGAAAUGCUCACUAACAGGGAUGAACAUUUGAGAGAAAUACAUUUUUUGUGCGUCUGGAAAAUUUCUGGGAUCUUUUAUUUCAGCUCAUGAAACAUGGGACCAACACUUUACAUGUUGCGUUUAUAUUUUUGUUCAGUAUACAUUUUUUAUGAAUUAUGAUGAUCGUACAGAUUCAGUCAUGAACUGAUAAAUAUUUAUCAAAUAAUUGUACAUACUGUAACCCUAGCCUUGAUGAUCGUGUUACUAUGUCUCUGAAGUGGGAUUGUGGAUAGGAUGUUUGUCUUGGGUCAGGUGACCCUGUUUAAAGUCCCACUCAGGGCAUUACUGGCCCUCCAUUCAUUACAGCACUAAAGGGCACACUUACCCUUUGUAAAGUUGUCAAUGGAAGGUUAUCUGCUUUAAUGUCCUCUUUGCGCUCUUCUCUGUUCUAGGAGCCAGACCAAAAUUCACCAAGAGAAACAGCAUGGACAGUGUCGAACUGUGGAAGUACUCAUCAGAUAAGGUAAAAACAAAGUCAUUUUGUUGAUUCCAUUUAGUUUUGUUUUCUCACAUAAUUUCUCUGACAUUUUUCUGUAACACAACUUACAUUGUACAUUUCAAGUUUCUAUAAAAUUCCAGCAUACAAAUGUAAAAUAAAUGAAAUUCCAUUGGUAUACUUUACUUUCCCUGCAGAAUGGAGACAGCCAGGACUUGGACAGUAUAUCCCGGAGAGCCAAGAGUCAGCAGUCUCAGCCAGGCGGAGGGAAGGGCUGCCCCGACAGCCAGUCCUCAGAUGACAGGCAAUGGUUGGACUCCCCUGUGGACACCGACGACAUAACUGUCCAAGUCCCGCCUCCAGUGAGUCUUAAUUUUUAACUGAGCUCUGAAAAACUUAGUUAACCAUGAAAGUUAAUUUUCCAUCCACGCAACCGAUUUUAAUCUGAGUAGAUUUCUAUUUGUAACUUUCUUUUUAAAUUGCCUACUAGCCCUCGCGAUGGCAUAUAACUGAACUUGUUAUAUCUCUGGUUAACAAUAACAUGCACCUGGUCUUUACUAGUCAAUUUUAUAUUUAGAUCAGUCAAACUCAUCCCUGUCUCACAACGCCAGGGUUGUGGGUUCGAUUCCCACGGGGGGCCAGUAUGAAAAUGUAUGCACUCACUAACUGUAAGUCGCUCUGGAUAAGAGCGUCUGCUAAAUGACUAAAACAUUUUAAAAAAUGUAAAUUACAAAAACUAUUGUUUUCAAUGUGUAGCGUAGCUCUAUAAUGGACUCAGACACAAUGACUUUGAACUGUGUUAGCUUUAGCUGACAGUAGCGAUUGCUCCUCUGAGUAGCUUGUUUCUCCUUAAAGCCCUAAUUAAAUCUCACGCUUUCCUCCUAGUAUGAAAGUGUUCUACUGAAAGGCAUUAUCUACUGACUCCAGCUUCAGUUUCCCCUCUGCAUUUAAGGAUUGGCAGCCUUUUUAACAAUCAAUGAAAGCUAACCUGACAGCUAAAAGACAUGAAUGUGGUUAGCGCGCCAACGCUGGUGGUCAGGAAGAGGCUUCUGAAGUCUGUAGGGUCCUUGUAUCCAGAUUUAUGUCAUAUGAUGAUAGGGGCAAGGGAAAGUGCUGUAGGUGAAACUUGAUGUGAUUUAAUGAGGGUUAAUGGCCAGACUAGGUCUCCAGGUUACUUCCUGGUAGAGAGGAGUGCUGUGUCUGAUGGCGCUUCCAGGAAUAACACAAAGUAAACCUGCUGGCCUUUCUGAUUGCUCUAGAUUGUUCAUAACAAUACACCUUUGUGCUGCCCUUAUCCUUAGAACAUCAUCGGCCAGCUUCAGCCAAUGGGGUUGUGCCUUGCUGUAAUUCAGCGCCUGACUCGGCCAACCAUGCAUCUCGGUUCUGUGAUGCUGUUAAUUGUUGUAAUCAGUGGACUACCGUGGAAAAGAGUAAGGAAGACAUUGUGUAAAGGAUGGCCGUUAUUUAUUGGCUGACUAAAAUAGCUGUUGUACCAUUGGGUGUUGGUAUGGUGACAAAGUGCACUUCCUCUGUUGCUUAUCGCUCUCUGGUCUCCAGAACUAGAGUCAAUAAUAUCUUGAACUGACAAUAUAAAGGGUAUUUGGUCAAUUUUCUUCACACCAGGUCACAAGUCACUCUGAUCACAAAAUGCGAGGAGAAGGGAUCGGCCAUUGGGAAGUGGUGAAAUGUCAAUGGGUGCCUCUGUGUGUGUGUCUGUUAAGGAUAGCGGCGCAACUUUGAGUUCUGGUUUCCUUAGCAACACUGAUUUCAUUUAGGGAGAGCCCUUUCCCCUCCCACUUCCACCUCUCUCUCUCUCACCCCUCACACACUCUCCUUCCAACUCACUCUCUCUCACUCGCUCCCCUUCACCAUAAUUGAGUAAUUGAACAAUACAUAGGCAGAGGGAAGAUCCAGCCAGAGAGGCAAGGGGAGAACAGACAGAAUCCAGGAAGUCACAGCUCAUUAUGCUCGGAGGGGGAGAAAAUUACAAUCACAUGGACCUCAGCUGAGGCACAGUAAGACCCACAGAAUGUUUCCUCUUUUGCUGGUCAAUUUGGGAAUUCAUCACAGAAUAGCAUUUUAUUCACAAGAGAUCCAUAUGAAUUUAUUGCUGCUAUAGAUACAAUUAUUAAAUAGAUGGCAUGAUUGAACCCAAUGAGAUGUUCCAUUGUGCUUGCCGGAACUGUCUCUUGGCAGAGCUCAGAGUUUGUUGUUCCCGUGAUAUGUUGGUGGGCACUCUCUGCCCAUCCCCCUGCCUCGGCUGACAAUGUGACCUUCAUCAGAAGACCCCCUCUCCUCAUAAUGAGUUAUUUUCCCACAGUGGGAGAGAGAGCUGCAGCUGGGACAAUGAUGACCUGCAGAAGGGAGAGAGGAAGGAGGAAGAUAUAUAUAUGUGUGUGUGUGUGUGUGUGUGUGUGUGUGUGUGUGUGUGUGUGUGUGUGUGUGUGUGUGUAUGAAUGAAUGGUAGAGAGAGAGAGAGAGAGAAAGUGAGUGAGAGGGUGAGAGUUGAGAGGAUGAGAGAUGAGAGCGGGGGAGAGAUGAGAAGAGGGGAGAAAGGGAACAAGGGAGGGCGUAAUGAGGAGGGAUGGGGGAAAGAGAGCAAAAAGAGCACCGAGAGGGAAGGGUGGAAAGGAGGAGAGUGGUGAGGGAAGGGUGGAAAGGAGGAGAGUGGUGAGGGAAGGGGGGAAGAGAGGGGAGUGUGAGUCAGGCGUGUGGAGAGUGAGGGAAAGGGGGAGAGCGCUUGGAGAGAGUGAAGAAAGAGGAAAGAGAGGUGCUUGUGUGGUAAGAUACUUCACUGUACUCUUUAUCUAUAUGAUAAUUUGAUGGACGAUGGUGUUGCUUGAACUAGUCUCUCUAAUUUGUGACUUGGUUAUCCUAAAUGUAUGUUUCUUGCUCUGCCAGAGAGGCAGACACAUUUUGUGGCAAUUAAAUGCUUUUACGACGCCCAGUAAAGCAAACGUUUGAAGUGUAGCCUAAUUUUGGUAGAAAGUUUUCACAAGAAAAGUCUCUGCUGAAAAUGUGACCGCCUACAGCGACAGCACUGUUGUCUCGUACUAUUGAACAUUGUAGUCUCUGACCAGAUUCUGGUGAGCUUAUUCACUGAUAGUUGCGUUUGUACAGAUCACACUGUACCGAGUUGAGUCUUAAAGGUUCUUAAUUAUCAACGUUACCAGACAAAAUUGCCUUGUACGGUACGUGUAUCCAGUUCUAUUUUUGUGGCGAUAAUACUUGGUGUUAAUUGGGCCAUUAUGGUGUGUCUGCCUGCGAGGCGUGGUGGGGAAGGGGUGAUGUCCAGGGGGAUAAUGACACCAUCAGCCAUUAUUGAUCCAUGAUGUGUCCUGUGGCUCACUGCCUUUGAUGCCUGGCAUUAACCUGCCCAGGGUUUUAUCAUCAACAUGGAGGCAGGAUCACACACUGACUUCAAUACAGAGAAUCAUGCUGAUUUUUCCUGAGUGUGGAUAUUGAAGAUGGCCACAGUACUGGAUGUUGAUACUCAGAGGAGGCUGUGGGGGAUUUAUAUGUGUACUAUAUUGAGAGGUUGUGCUAUGUUUGAUGACCUAACAGCAAUUUUGUAUGACAACUAAAUGUAGUGAAUAGUCAUAUAUAUUCAUGUUUACAUUGGAAUUAGGUCAUUAUAACAGUAUACAUUAUUUGGAACAUAUGCACCAACAUUUUAACACUGAGAUGAAGAUAGCUUUACAAGUGUAUUUUCAUGAAUAUAUUAAUGGAGAAUUUUAACAGGGCAAGAAUGGAGGUUUAUUUUGUACAUUAUGUCAUUGGGACGGAUUGCGCAAACUUGAAGGCAUCUUCAGCCCUAAGCACAAGAAUUGGUCAGAUAGUGAGAACACUGUUAUGUGCUAUUCCAGGCAGUAUCGAAGCCAUUUUGUUUCCAAAGUGCUAUGAAAAGGUUGAGAACAACUCAAACAACAGCAACUCGAUAUAUAAUGGUACAGGUCACCAAAAUGGUAGAGAGCCAAUAAUUGUACUGCCACUGAUUGCAUUGGGCUAAAACUGGUGAAUCACACUAAUAGCCAAUCAAUGGAUACAGACAGACAGUGAAUCUAUUUGGCCAUGUGACUCAUUAGACACUAUGACACCAGGACAUACUGUAUGGUCAUUUCACAGCAGUUCAAUAGUACUUGAUAUGCUAAACUAAUUUUCUCCUCUAUCUAGAACACCAAUCGCCCCAAACCUGCCAUCCUCUUAAACAAGCCAAACAGAAACAGGAUAUAAGAGACUGUGUGUGUGUGUGGAAAUACAGUGCAUUCGGAAAGUAUUCAGACCCCUUCACGUUUUCCACAUUUUGUUACGUUACAGCCUUAUUCUAAAAUGGAUUACAUUUAUUUUUGUCCUCAUCAAUCUACACACAAUAACCCAUAAUGACAAAGCGAAAACAGGUUUUUAGAAAUUUUUACGUAUGUAUGUAUGUAUACACACACACACACACAUAUAUAUUUUAAAUACCUUAUUUACCUAAGUAUUCAGACCCUUUGCUAUGAUACUCAAACUUGAGCUCAGGUGCAUCCUGUUUCCAUUGAUCAUCCUUGAGAUGUUUCUACAACUUGAUUGGAGUCCACCUGUGGUAAAUUCAAUUGAUUGGACAUUUGGAAAGGCACACACCUGUCUAUAUAGGUCCCACAGUUGACAGUGCAUGUCAGAGUAAAAACCAAGCCAUGAGGUUGAAGGAAUUGUCCUUAGAGCUCCGAGACAGGAUUGUGUCUAGGCACAGAUCUGGGGAAGGGUACAACAUUUUUUCUGCAGCAUUGAAGGUCCCCAAGAACACAGUGGCCUCCAUCAUUUUUAAAUGGAAGAAGUUUGGAACCACCAAGACUCUUCCAAGAGCUGGUCGCCCGGCCAAACUGAGCAACCGGGGGAGAAGGGCCUUGGUCAGGGAGGUGACUUAGAACCCAAUGGUCACUCUGACAGAGCUCCAGAGUUCCUCUGUGGAGAUGGGACAACCUUCCAGAAGAACAACCAACCAACGGAGCAAAGUACAGAGAGAUCCUUGAUGGAAACCUGCUCCAGAGCGCUCAGGACCUCAGACUGGGGGUGAAGGUUCACUUUCCAACAGGACAACGACCCUAAGCACACAGCCAAGACGACACAGGAGUGGCUUCGGGACAAGUCUCUGAAUGUCCUUGAGUGGCCCAGCCAGAGCCUGGACUUGAACCCGAUUGAAAAUCUCUGGAGAGACCUGAAAAUAAAUAGCUGUGCAGCGACGCUCCCCAUCCAACCUGACAGAGCUUGAGAGGAUCUGCAGAGAAGAUUGGGAGAAACUCCCCAAAUACAGGUGUGCCAAGCAUGUAGCGUCAUACCCAAGAAGAAUCGAGGCUGUAAUCGCUGCCAAAGGUGCUUCAACAAAGGACUGAGUAAAGGGUCUGAAUAUUAUGGUAAAUGAGAUUUUUUUAAUAUUUUCAAACAUUUCUAAAAACCAGUUUUUGCUUUGUCAUUAUGGGGUAUUGUGUGUAGAUUGAUGAGGGGGAAAAAACAAUUUAAUCAAUUUAAGAAUAAGGCUGUAACGUAACAAAAUGUGGAAAAAGUCAAGGGGUCUGGAUACUUUCCGAAUGCACUGUAUGUGCCUGUUAUAUCACUUAGCGUCAAUGUCCCUCUGUUUCAGAAAGUAGGUCGUGACCCCUCCGAUGAGGACUGCUUCUUCGACCUCCUCAGCAAGUUCCAGAGCAGCCGCAUGGACGACCAGCGCUGCCACCUAGACGACCCAAACGAGGAGAACGGAGAAAAUGGCAAGAAUGGAGGGGCCGUCUCUCUCAAUGAAAUGCUAGGUAGGUUAGCGACUGUGACGGCGGUCUAAAGCUAGAGGAUCCCUAAUACUACUUGGGACCGUCAUUACUUCCAGUGACUUGAUUUGACAUCAAUGCAUGAUUCACUCAAAGCACUAGUCUCUAGUCAGGAAUGUGUGGCUUUGAAUAUUUUCUGUCAAUUACAGUAAAUUAAUAUAGUCCUCCUCUUGUGCUUCUCAGACCCUACACUCAUCACCUCGCCCCAGACAGAGGAGCUGUUUGACCUGAUUGUCAGCUCCCAGAGCCGUCGCCUGGAUGACCAGCGGGUCAGCGUCAGCAACUUGCCAGGCCUCAGGAUCACCCACAACAACCUGGGCCACCUGUGUGUCGAUGCAGACCCCCAGGAGCCCAGCGAUGACUUCUUCAACAUGCUCAUGAAGUGCCAGGUAGGGCCGCGUCUCACUGCCUCAGCAUCUCGAUGGGUUGAAUCUUAACCUAAGAUCUGCUCAAAUAACUCAAAUGUUUGUGUUUAGUCAGUCUCUAUUAGCAUCAAUCAAUGCAUGAUUUAGGUAAAAUACUCAAAUGUUUGUGCAUAUCUCAGGCUAUGCAGGAUUCAUAAACUGCAGGACUUGCUAUUUUAGAUGUCUGUCUCUCCCUCUAUCUCACUCUCCGUGUCUGCUCCCAGUCCUCAAGGAUCGAUGACCAACGGUGUUCCCCGCCAGAAGGGGGACCCCGGGCCCCCACAGUGCCUGACGAGGACUUCUUCAGUCUGAUCCAGAGGGUACAGGCCAAGCGCAUGGACGAGCAGCGGGUCCACCUCCCGUCAGACGAACAGGACGGGCCCGACUCUGACCCAGAACCACCUUCCGGAGACUCCAGCUAGGGACCCAAGCACACACCCCUGGGGG